AUAUAUUUUGAAGCAAAGGCCCCCCCUGGUUAUACCUUCAUUCCCGCAGGCAACCCUCAGCUCACCUCUGCAUGCAAGGAAAUAUGCCGGAAAGAUGGUCUCAAGGUUUUUGCUGUCACGGUAGGCCAAUAGACGUUUCUCCACUCCCCCCUGGGUCGCCGCUCCGUUUUUACUAGGCCUUUAGCACUUCUCUUCUCUAAUUCUUAAUCUUACCUAACAGACAACUCCACAUAUGCACACCCAUAAUCUUUCGCAGCAUGUGCACAGGAUUGGGUAUCAUUUUCCAAGUGCUAUUGUUGCGACUGUUUGUAUGGAUUUAAGUCUCUAUCUUACGCCAACAGGCAAGGCAAUGCCAUUCCAAAGCAUUGGCUAUACACAAACUCGCAAACGCACUAACUCGGAGUCUUCUCAAACAACCAUUAAUACUGAGGCCCGGGACGUGUUGAAGGAUCUCUUCCCUAAUAUACCAGACAACGAUCUGAACCAGAUCAUCAAGACUGCGUUUCAAAAAGGUCAACGCAAAGUGGGCACGGCAGUUGAGCUACCCCUCGCUCGCCGAGCGCAACUAGCAGUUGUGGCCCAUAUUCGACAUGUGUAUACUGAUUACGAUCGUCUUCUCAAAACCACCUCAUUCCAUGAGGCUAGAAGUAUUGUUGAAGAACCUACCUUAGCGAAAUUGGUGGAAUGGAGAGGCGAUGAUGAAAACGGGAAAACAGUCCUAGAGGACGUCUUCCGUGAAGUCAUUGUUAUUUCUGAUGAUGAAGAUAGUGAUACUGAAGGUGACAUACCUCAGACUAUGGAUCGGGACUACAGUAUAGAGAUCGUUUCGAGCCAUCCACAUGCAGAAGACCUUCAGACGAAGCCAGUCUACUACGCAAACUCCACCCAUCGAGAACAUCACCUGGAAUUCUCGGAUGAGGAGGCCCCACCGGGUUUUCAUUUCAUUCGAAUAGCUCCUAAAAAGCCCAAAAUUGACCGCCGCGGCUUCAACAGAUACCAGGCCUGGGAUCGCGCCAUCCACCGGUAUAGGAAUGCAGCCAAUGGGACUGACCAACGCAAGCUUCAUGCCGGCUCUACUAAUCAGGGAAGACCUAUAUAUGCUGCACAGCAGCCUUGGCAGGAUACCUUCGGGGUUAAUAGGGACCCUGCUCCAGUCCAAGCCGUUCUUCAUCGGCAACUUUCCGCAACAUCAUACGGGAACGCGAUAACUGAGCCGCACAUAUUAGCUAUCGACCCUGUGGUAGAACGCCGUCCAUAUGAGGUAUAUCCUAUAACCCGAUCACCUCGUCAAAGAGAGGCUGUGCCCAAAGUGGUGCAGGCUCCAGAGUCUUUUGGGGCUAAGAAUCUACUCCAUCAAGGUGACCCACCAAAUGCCCCUGUCUUCGUUAGUGGCCCUAAGAAGGUUCUUGGGAAUAAUGGGAACCAACGUGGAUCUCAGAGACCUUCAGGCCCCAUUCAAGGCAGAGCAAACGUUAACCCACAGGACUGUGCCUUGCCGUCUAUUGAAUCUCCUUUGUCACCGGAAAACAAUACCCUGGACAAUGGCCUGCUAGACCACAUUCCCGGAAGGAUGUCGGGAGGGUGCUCUAUUCGCCCACUAACACCACGUCGUCUCCCAUACAAGAAUACCCAACGCCCAGCACUUGAAGAUAGGGUGCAAGAUCAACUACCUAAAAGGUGUGUGGCUUACUACGAACCUGUCAAUGUCGACAGGGGCCAUUCUCACAACGCUCGUACCAGCAAUCCGGCGAAUGCUUUCACGGGGGAACGGUAUAUGACCUUAGGAUAUCCACCGAGACAAUCUCCUGUUCAGGGUGAUCUCCAUAUUCGUAAAAGAUAUCUUGCACCAUUUAAUCCUAUUCCUCAAUCAGAGCUCCAGCUAAGGAAAGUCCAAGUGUCCAAUUUAUCUGCCACCCGUCUUGAUCUUGAGCCAGGGGCCGUGCUCCCGGAAGAUUAUGAAUCUGCAGGAGGCCAGUCGCUACCCCAUAACCAAUCACUUGAAACUCGCAGGCAGUGGAGGUCUCAAGGACAGCUCCACGCUUUGCCGGAAGCCGGAACUGCGUUUCCGACGACGCAUUGCUCUGAUAGAGCUGUUCUUGGGUGGUCUUCUAACCUUAGUGAACAGAGGAUUUGCCAUCAAGAUCAUUACACCAAUGAGAGCAGGAGACCAUUCAAUGUAUCAGAAUCUCAUAAGUCUACCCGAGGCCACACUAACGAUCACAGUCUCAUGGAGUUUGGAAAGACCGAAAUGCGGAGGCACUAUGCUGAUGAUUUUGUUCGUACUAUUGAUUCGCAGGCCCCAAUUCCAAUGGAGUACCCACCACAACAUCACCAUUAUAGGAACCAUGCCCGGGAGCCCCUUAUGCAGCGGGCCUAUGUUCAACUCCCUCAUCAUCCUUCCUGCAACACUACUGUGCCGGGUAAUAUCAGCUCAAGACAGCCUUCUGUUCGAGGUCCACUGCAUUCGCGGGUGGCAUCUGCAGCCCAAUCCUAUGCUACGAUGGCAAAUCCGGACAUGAGAUGCCAUGAUGCUGGGUUGGUCGAGUCUACAGCCACAGAGCGACCAUUCCAAGAUUCGCAUAGUUUUUCACGGCGAAUAUGUGAACAACACUCACACACGCAAUACACACGAGAACUAGCCUACCCUACCUAUGUGAGGAGAGGCGAUCGAUCUCAACCGUGCCACUCAGUGCCUGAAGGUAGAACAGUUGUUAUUGUGGAUUAGAUGGGUGAGCUGGUCUGUUUAUGAGCGCUCUGUUGCAUUGAAUUCUACGGAGCUAGUCUCUAGUGUAGACUCCUGCAUGGAUACUGUACAUACAUAUGAUAUCAUAAGCAUAAUACCCAAAUGUGUGCCAC